AAACAAAUCACAAAUUAGUAUCUAGAAGGAGAAUAUUAUUGGUAAGAUUGCUUUCCUAAAGUGAAUGUCCGGUCAACAGAAACGAAGGGAUUAUAUGAUUACUUUCUUCCUAAACACCCUUUCUCUCUGACAAUUCUCAUCUUAAUUUUAAUACACUGUAUUAAAAUUUAUACACAAUUUUUUUAUUGGAACAAUAAAGAGGAAAAAACUCACAAGAGAGCUUUCACACUCUACCUAAAUUGGGAACUUGGAAACCCCACAGUACAGUGAAAACCCAAAUUGGGUUUCUUGAGAAAAACCUCAUUUAUUAAGAGAGAAAGAGAAACACUGAAUGUAAUUUUAGCUUCAGCAUUUCAUUGUUUUUUUUUUUUUUUUUUUUUGUGUGUGUGUAAUUAUUUUCUUGAAAAAAUAGUGUUGUGUUGGUGGGGGUGUUUGAUGGUAAUGGUAAUAUGAGCAAAAAGGGUGUUAUAACAAGAUCAAAAGUGAGUGUUUUUACAAAUGGGUGUUGCCAAUUUGUGUAAAUAUAAUCUUGCUGCGUUGUUGUUGCAUCAUCAGCAUAAACAGCAUUUUGUCUUUUGUUGUUGUCCGUCGAAUGGGGCGGUGGUGCCGUCGAGGAGGUCGAUCUCAUGGACAGCUGUUUGUGGAUUUAUGUUGUUUGCUUUGGGGUUGAUUUCGCUUUUCACUGGACACGUGGCAUCUAAUCUUGAAUUGUACUCUCAACGGCUUGUCAAAAGGGCUUGGUUUAAUAAAAAGGAUGAAAGUCAUCCUGCAGCGAUUGACAUUUGGAAAUCAAGGUAUUCUCGUUUUUACUACGGAUGCAGUGAGAGAGGCCCUCAUUUUUCUUCCGCUGUGCGUGAGGGACCUUCCAAUGGAUAUCUUCUUAUUGCAACUAGUGGAGGUCUCAACCAACAAAGAACUGGCAUAACUGAUGCUGUAGUUGUUGCACGGAUUCUCAAUGCGACUUUAGUUGUACCUGAAUUGGACCAUCAUUCAUUUUGGAAGGACGAUAGUGAUUUUUCCGACAUUUUUGAUGUUGGUUGGUUCAUCUCUUACCUUGCAAGGGAUGUCACAAUCGUUAAAAGAGUUCCAGAGAAGGUGAUGACGUCAAUGGAAAAACCCCCAUAUACCAUGCGAGUUCCUAGAAAAUCGGAGCCUGAAUAUUACUUGGAGCAAGUGCUGCCUAUACUCUUAAGAAGAUGGGUUCUUCAGUUGACAAAGUUUGACUAUCGACUUUCUAGUGAACUUGAUGAAGAGCUACAAAAAUUGCGUUGCCGUGUGAAUUAUCAUGCCUUAAGAUUCACGAAACCCAUAAGGAAUCUUGGUCAGAAACUUGUAUUGCGUAUGCGAAAGAUGGAAAAACGUUUCAUUGCAGUUCACUUGAGGUUUGAACCUGAUAUGUUGGCAUUCUCUGGCUGCUACUAUGGUGGGGGUGACAAGGAAAGAUAUGAACUGGGUGAGAUAAGAAAACGAUGGGAUACUUUACCUGAGUUGAGCCCUGAUGAAGAGCGAACACGAGGGAAAUGCCCACUAACGCCUCAUGAAGUAGGGCUUAUGCUGCGGGCUCUUGGCUUCAAAAAUGACACGUACCUUUACGUUGCAUCUGGUGAAAUAUAUGGUGGAGAGAAAACUCUGCAGCCUCUAAGAGAGCUUUUCCCAAACUUUUAUACCAAAGAGAUGCUUGCUGGUGAAGAACUUCAACCCUUUCUCCCCUAUUCUUCGCGUCUUGCUGCAAUUGACUACAUUGUAUGUGAUGAAAGUGAUGUCUUUGUCACUAACAAUAAUGGAAACAUGGCAAAGAUCCUUGCUGGUAGAAGGAGAUACAUGGGGCACAAGAGGACAAUCAGACCAAAUGCAAAAAGGCUCAGUGCACUGUUCAUGGCACGAGAUAAAAUGGAUUGGGCCACAUUCUCUAGAAAAGUCAAAUCAUGCCAAAGAGGUUUCAUGGGAGAACCUGAGGAAGUGAAACCAGGCCGAGAUUUCCACGAAUUUCCAUCGGCAUGUAUCUGUAAGAAACCAUUCAAUUUUUCUGAUGUCACAAGCAAAGAGAAUGAAUAUCAGAUUUCAAGAAGGAAUCCAACUGUCAUGGAGUCAAAAGAUAGGUACCUAUCCAAUAGCAGUAACCUGGAACAGCAGAGCUCUCAGAAAUUUAGAGAAGCGAGGUUGAAAGACGGGCAUGGAUCUUUAAUAGAAGACUUUGACCCUGAUAAUCCUCUAUCCGACUAAAAUAAAUACCAUAAGUAGGUUAGUAGCUUAGCGAGCAUUGUUAUGUUCAUCUUGUCCUCUCCAACAUGCUGCCAUUUUACGUGCUAAUGACUUCAGGAAGCUGAAGUUUCAGUUCUAGGUAGGUGUUCUGUGCUCAAUUUUUCCGGUCUUGCUGCUUUUGUACAGCAAAUGUGUAACCUUCUCCGAUCUUGCAAUUGUCCAUAUAUGUUCUGUAAGAUAGGACUGUAGGGCGAGUGAACCUUGUGUUGCCUGCUCAAAGAUAUAUCAUGCAGUUUUUUCAACUA